AUGCAUGGUUGCUGUGGCCAUUACCGCCCGUGCCACUUACCUCUCAGUGUAUCUCGCGUUGAUUUCUGUGCAAUUGCCUCUGUGUGUCCGUGUUGGAGUGGCGUGGCGCGGCUUGGUGUGUGGGUGUUCGCCAUCGGGGGAGCGCCGCAGCAGUGCCGAUGUGGGGGGAGCUUGACCGGGUGCACGCGGAACUCCCCACGUCAAGCACAAACACAGCGGCAGACAGGCCAGCCCUGCUGGAGGGGCCUUGGCGUCGUGCGGUGCCACAUGUGCAAGAGCACGAAGCCGCACCGCUGCCGUGGCCCACGCUGCGGUCAUGACACUUCCACGCCAGCAAUAAAACCUUGA